AGAGGCCACAUCACAAUACAAAGCUAAAGGGUCUGUUUGGGUAUUUCCCAAAACUCAAGGGAACAAAAACAUAGACCAACAGCUUUAAGGGAUUGCAAUUAGAAAUAUAGGAACAGUGAAAGCAAAAACCUCCGACUCCGGCGAGGACGACCCCCGUGAACUACUGGACUGUAAGAAUGGUUUCCGCAGCUACAUUGAUCCGAUACGUGUUUAACAAAGGGGAGUAUGCUUACUCUAUCUGCAAGAAGGGCUACAUAGCAGGACAUAUCACUGAAAAAGAAGCAAGUAAUUUCCUAGUCAAGCAUAUUCUUCUAGGAAAGUUAACAUUCUUGCAGCAUUUCAAUAAAGGUGAAGAAAUGGUACCCACAAUGGGACCUCAUGGUGGAACCAUUCUUGUUCGGAAGAUAGCUGCAUCAAGUCCAAAGCAAGUUUUUGUAGGAGAUGUUGUAGUCCUUAAGGACCCUGUUAAGUCAGGCAAUCUUCUUGUUCGGAGAUUGACUGCAAUUGAAGGAUAUGAGAUGGUCUCCACUGAUGAAAAAGAUGAACCUUUUGUAAUUAAUGAAGAUGAGUGCUGGGUAGAAGCGGACAAUGAAAGCAUAAAGCCCAAGGAUGCAAAUGAUAGCCGUACUUUUGGGCCCGUUUGCAUGGAUGAUAUAAUUGGCAGAGUUAUUUAUUGCAUAAGAUCAGCUGUUGACCACGGCCCCGUUAAUAACAGUAAGCUAGGUAGUCAGAAGGAUGCACCAGUGCUUGAAGUUGAGCUGGAUGUGGAAGAGAUGAUGAAGAAUCACAAAACAUAGACGGUCAAGAUCAUAUAUUCAAAUUCCUUUCGGCUUUAUUAUACAUUUGGACCGGUGAUCUAUUCUGUGUGCAUGCACAAUUUCAUUCAUAUUAUGAGCAAGAAGUAUCACCAAAAAUAAGUGUUUCCUACGGGAUUGUGUUUAGUUCAUUUUUACUUUUUCCCUGCCGAAAACUGAUUCUUAGCUGUCAUUUUGCUGGUGUUAGUUUGUGUUAAGAUGGCUGACAUCUGUUCAAGGGACCUCGACAUGUAACUGCCAAAGAUAUAAUAUUAGCCUUUCAUGUGCAAAUCAUUCACAACACAACA